AUGUUCAAAAUACGCAAAGCUAAGGAUGAGGAGCCGACAGCUCCGGGCCAGGGUAAGUGGUCCUUACUUUAGUUGUUAUAUGACCACAUGUGAUUAAAAAUUUACUGAAGAGUGUUAAAUGUUCCGGAGACGUAAGAAAAAAAAUGUUACAAAUGCUGUUUAAUCUAUAAAAACUGUAAAUAACACCAACUCUCUCAUGACAGUCAAAAUCAGAAAGAGGUCCAGAGUACCAGGAGUCAUGAUCACUCAGUACGUAGAGGAACUUCCUGAAGGCAUGACCACCCCUGACAUUACUCGGAAACCCAUCGCAGUAACGAUCCAAGAAGGUAAACCAGAUUUAUUCAUCAACCUCAUUUUUAGUCACAUGUUUUCAGAUCACGGCAUUCAGCUAAAUUCCUGAUUGUAUUUUCUCAGGAAAACUGGCGGUCUUCAAAGCUGUAGUUGUUGGCAAACCUACACCGACGGUGACCUGGGUGAGGAACAACGGAGAAAUCGAUGAGACGAGGUACAAAAUCAUCCAAGACAAGAAUUCUGGAGAACACCAACUACAGGUGGGAUAAAAUACGGAGUAUCAAAAAGAGGAUCGAUCGAAAAAAGGAUCAAUAAACAGCGAAUGAUCUGAUGAUCUUCUUGUAAUAUGACAGAUACCUGAUGUAUGCGUGGAUCAAGCUGACACCUACAAGUGUUUCGCCAGAAAUGAGUAUGGAAAAGCUGUUGUGACCGCUGCACUAAAUGUUAUUGAAGGUCAGUUACCAUCUUGUAUCGAGCUCUUCAGCAAUUCAGAACAGAUUUAAAGGGAUAUAUCCCUUUAAGAGGCUAACUAUCGCUUCAACAUACCUUUGACUUCCUCUGUUUCAGUUGGCUUUAAAAAGAACAGAGCCAUGCAAGAAUCAAGAACAGGUACAGGUCCAGUAUUUCAUCUGUUAUAGUGCUCCAUCAGUCACUCAUGAAAUCAAAGUGGUGACCAUGUUGCUGGUUUUCGUUGCAGCCAUCCGAGAGGUACCAGAGGACUUCAAAAAGGCCUUGAAAAAUAAGUAUGAAAUCAUAACACAUGAUGGAGUUAUUUCAUGGUUUUUGUUUCUUUGCUUAUCGCCGUGUAAUUGAAAAAUGAUCCCCUCCUUCCAGGGUUGAUAUGGAUGUGAAAGAAGAGAAGAAACCAGAAAUCGAUGAUAAGUUUUGGGAUCUGCUGUUGAGCGCAGACAAAAAAGAUUAUGAGAAAAUCUGCGCUCAGUAUGGUGUCACUGAUUUUCGUGGGAUGCUUAAAAAACUAAAUGAAAAGAAGAUUGAGAGAGAGCAGGAGCAAGAAAAGGUUUGUUUCAGAAAAACUUCAACAUGUCGGUCAUUUAUUAUGAUGUGAAUGAACGCUUUAACCUUCCUCCUGUGUUAGCUUUCACUACGAACCCCCAUGUUAACAGGUCAGUUUUGACCCGUGUCUUAAAUCAGCUGCAAAUUAGACUAAAAACAAUUCUCUAUCAUUGAGUUUGGUUCUCAUCUCUAGGUUACCUUGUCAGGUUUCAUUAUCCAUGAAAAUAUUGAUUAAUAUAUUAUUUGUUGUGGGUCUUUCUUUGUCCCCUCACACAGACAUCUACACUAAAUUUAUCUCUCAUGUCUGGACAUGCCCAUCGUUGUUUUUUGUGCAGAUAAAAAUGAGGCAAAAUGAGAAUUUCCUAAAUUUCACAUGAUUUGGAGAGGAUCUGACUGUCAGUGUGGUGCCUGACCGUGCAAUUAUGAUUUCACUCUAAUUAUUGCUUUUUGGUCUAACCGGGUCGACUGCACCCCUAACACGACGAGUGCUGUAAUUUCUACCAGAGCAUUUUAUCAUUUAGUACAUUGAUUUUUUUUAAAUUGUGUUGAAAUUGUGUUGAAAUAGAGGUUCCUACGAAAGAGGAUUAGGGCCACAUGAAGAGAAAAAAAUAAUUACAGGAAGGAGAUUAAAGUCGAAGUUUUGAGAUACAAAAAAAACUAAAUUAUGGAAAUUUAGUCGAAAUUUGGAGAUCAAAAUUUUGAGAUUAAAGUUGACACAAAUAAAAUUGAAAUUUCAUGAAUUAAAUCAAAAUUUUGAGAUUAAAGUUGAAAUUACGAGAUUAAAGUUGACGCAAAUUAAGACGAAAUUUCAUGAAAAAGUCUUAAUGUUGAGAUUAUUGAUAAUGAAUCAACAGCAUCGUCGCUCAUCACUCGACAACAUGUCCUCUGUGGAAGAGUUUAUAAAGCUGUUCUUUAGAAUUGGAUCCAGUAAUAAGGAAAUCGUCACUCUUUAAGCACACAAACACAGUGUGGUCCUAAGUAUUCGGACUCUGAAAAGACUGUUCUGAAGAUUACGAGUCUAGAGAAGAAAAAAACUAACUUGGAGGACUUAAAGCUCAAAAUCUUUUUUCAUAUUGACUUUUUUAAAUUUAGACUUUAAUCUCAAAAUUUUGACUUUAAUCUCGAAAUGGAAAUAAAAAAAAAACAUCCUCCUCUAAUUAUUAUUUUUUUCUUUUAUGCAAUUUAAAAACAAAAUUGGAUCAGUGCCGACCCAAACACAGGAGGAGGGUUAAAAGAAGAAAUGAAAGUUUCUGAGCCUUCACUAUUCGGUUGUGAAAGAUUUGGUCAUCUUAUUAAGAUCUUCUUCUAGGUGGUUGAAAGACUCUGUAACCUAAAGCCCGUUGAACUGAGGGAUGACGGUGACGCAGAAUUUGAGCUCGAAAUGUCGCUUAGAGAUCCGACCAGCAAAAUCUUCUUAUUCAAGGUGAGAGAUUCAUUUUUCACAACAACCAUUCAUCUCAAUCGUAGAUUAAUCACAGAAAAACACAUAAAACCACAUGAUGUAAUUUACUCUGAAGAUAUUUCAGCUUGUCUGACAGUUCUGAGCCUUUCCUGUUUAACAGGACGGCGUUAUGAUUCCCUUCGACGCCGACACGGAGAUCAAACACGGUCUGAAGCAAGUGGGGAAGAAGUUUGUGUUCAGUAUCAACGGUGUGAGUGCUGAGGAUGCAGGAUUAUACCAAGUGGAGGUUGAUGGAGUCAAGAUCUUCUCAACAGAUUUCAAACGUAAGUGAAAGCACCAAAGUCAUGAACUGUAUCCUUCGCCCAACAGUCGCUCCAUGAGUUAUCUCUUGUGAUGCGUCAUGUCCUCUUUGUUCGGUGCAGUUCCCCCGGUCGAAUUCCUGGUCAAGAUUCAAGACGUGAAGGCGGAGGAAAGAGAGGAUGCUGCCUUCGAGUGUGUGAUCUCUCACCCUCUGAAGAAGAUAACUUGGAAGGGGAAAAAUACCGUUCUGGAGCAAGGGGACAAAUUUGACAUCCUGGUGUCGGAGGACAUGUUGAUUCAUACGUUGGUGGUGAAAGACUGCCUUCCAUUGGACAAGGGAAUCUACGCCGCCGAGGUUGGAAUGACCUCCUGCAGUGCCUGGCUUAUAGUUGAAGGUAGUGUUUUGGAUUUUAACAGCAUUUCUCAAACUGUUCAACGUUAGUAAGUUAGGAAUCUUUUUACAUGGACCCUGAAUUUGUUUUUCUAUUCUGUGUAUUUUUUAUUAGCUGACAGUGAUCCAAACUCAGUUGGAAAGAAAAAAGUUCGCAAAACAACCAGAGCAGGAGGUGGUGGACCUGAGCUCCUGAAGAUCGCUCAAGAGCAACAAGCUAAAGUGCAGAAAGAGAGAGAAGAAUUAAUCGCAAAAGCAAAGGCAGAAGCCGAAGCAGCCGCGGCUGAAAAAGCAGAAGCUGAAGCUAAAGCCAAAGCUGAAGCAGAGGCCAAAGCAGAAGCCUUAGCGAAAGCUAAAGCUGAGAAGAAGGCGAAAGCCAAAGAAAAGGCAAAGGCAAAAACAGGUGAAAAGACAAAAACAAAAACCAAGGCAAAGGCAAAGGCCAAAGACGGAGCGACCCCUGCUGGGGAACAGGGGGAAGGGGCUGUAGAAGAGGAAGAGGAAGGAGAAGAGGAAGAAGAAGAGGAGGAGGAGGAGGAGGAGGAGGAAGGAGUGGAAGGAGAAGAGAAAGGAGAGGCAAAACCCAAGAAAAAGGGUCAAGCACAGGAAGGAGAGGCUGAGGCUGCUGAGGCUGAAGAAGACGGAGGGGAACCGGUUCAAGAGAAAAGGAAAAGAGUGAGAGCAGGUCCACUGGUGCCUGACACCGUGAUCGGUAAGAUAUAUAAGAACAUCGUUCAUGCUUUGCUGCUGUACUUUUCCCGGUUAACAGUAAGGUUGUGUUUCUUUUAGACCCAGGAGUGUACUUCACCGGAGGUUUGUCAGACGUACACGCAGUUAUUGGGACUGAUGCCGAACUGGUCUGCAAGCUGAGCAAUGAGGAGUGUGACGGAGUCUGGUAUAAAGAUGGGACAGAGGUAAAAAUAUAGGAGCUAACAGUCACUGCUUUCACAUAUACCCCCUUUGAGAUGUAGCUGUACUGAUGUGUGGGUGCGUGUGUGUGUGUGUGUGUGUGUUUUAGCUAACAGCCACGGAUACCAUCUGCAUCGUUAAAGACGGGACUUAUCGCAAACUCAUUAUCAAAAACUGCACAGAAGAGGACGCUGGAAAAUAUAAAUGUGAAGCUGACGGCCGUAAAACAGAAGCUGUGCUGCAUGUUGAAGGUACUGUAUCAUCAUCAUGAACGAUUUAAGGUUUAACAUUUUAAUCUCAGUUUAUAAUAAACCUGUCUUUUUUUCCUCUAGAUCCACCAAGAAUUGAUCCUGAUGAUCUCAUUGAAUUCAUGAAGCCGAUCACCAUCAAAACUGGGAAAGACGCAGCCUUCAAAGUGUCAUUUGUUGGCCGAGAACCGUUAAAGAUCCAGUGGUACAAUGAGGGUGAAGAGCUUCUGGAGGACAGUCAUACCAAGAUUGAGAAGUCUUCCACACACAGCCGCCUGCUGUUGACCAAAUGCCAUCGCAAGAUCUCAGGAGAAAUCAAGAUCAAGAUUAAAAAUGAAUGUGGAACAGCUGAAGCCGUCACUCAGCUGGUUGUAUUAGGUAUGGUUUGUGAGUUUCACGUGAACUCCUGUAGAUUCUUCUUUUUUAAUGUAAGUUUCGGAUUAAUCUUGAUUCUGUCUUACUGCAGAUAAACCAACACCACCGAUGGGCCCUGUGGAUAUCAUAGAAAGUUCUUCCGCAUGCAUUGAUUUCAAAUGGAGGGUUCCUAAAGACAAUGGAGGCUGCCCUAUCACAGACUACAUCCUCGAGCGCCAGCAGAUCGGACGGAACAGCUGGAAGAAAUUAGGCAAGAUCGGCCCAGAGCCGAAAUACAAAGACACUGAUGUGGAUCAUGGCAGGAAGUACUGCUACCACAUCAGGGCGGAGACGAGUCAUGGUGUCAGUGAGAUGAUGGAGACUGAUGAUAUUCAGGCAGGAACGAAAGGUGAGCUUUCUUUACAGGAGACCGAAAUUCAUUCACAGGAGUGGAGGGUAGGGCUGUACGAUAAGCCCUGUUGUUUUCUGUGAAAACUCAUGCAGAUGGACAUCCACACGGAGAUGAAAUGGUCGUAGCUUACGGAUUUAUGCACUCUCUGACCCGUUUUCAAAAAGUACCGUUUACAGUCACCUGAAACGCCGAUACGACAAAAAACUUUUGCGUUUCCUCCUGAAUUUGUUUCCAUGGUGACGGGUUGACACCGCCUUCAGACAGACUUUGCAGCGGGGAGUGGUUUGCUCUUCAUCUGAAACUGUGAAGUCGUACCAAUUCAACACGACUGACUCGCCCUUGUCCUAUUUAACCACGAAAUUAUCGCCUGCUUUUACAAACGCCACAUUUGUUUACACCGGUGUGCAUGGGAACUGGGUAGGGCUUCCUUAGGAAGGAGGAGCUUACGGUCGCCUGAAGGCGUGAGACAUGAUAGAGAGGAAACUGAGGAUUUAAAUUUUUUAACAUCGUCAAAAUUAAAAUUAUCUAAUAAUGAUUGAAAAUCAAUUAAUCAUGCAGCCCUAUCUGGAGAGUGUGUCUGGAUUUAAAGUGAGUUGUAAAAGAAUAUAAAACUGGCUUGUUUUAUAUCUUUCUUGUUUUUUCAGCAUACCCUGGACCUCCUUCAACACCAAAAAUCGAAAGCGCUUUCAAAGACUGUAUCAAUCUCGUCUGGUCUGCGCCCACCAAUACUGGAGGAACCAACCUUUUGGGAUACAACGUUGAAAAACGCAAGAAUGGCAGUAACCUGUGGAGCCAAGUGAACCCACCAGACGAGCCCAUCAGAGGUCAGGGAGUUCUUCUCCUUCAUUUAUCUGUCAUGAAUUUAUUCACAGUUUAGAUUCCUAUUUUAUGAAACCUUUUUUUUCCAAGCCAAGUAGGAAAUAAACUUUAUUUUAAUUUAAUUAUUCUCUUCAACAUGUCAACGAACAGAAAAGAAGUAUGCAGUGAAGGACGUUGUUGAGGGCAUCGAGUAUGAGUUCCGCGUGUCCGCUAUCAACAUAUCUGGAGCUGGAGAACCAAGUUCACCAUCUGAAUUUGUGAUCGCAAGAGAUCCAAAGAGUGAGUAUGAAUCCAGAGAAAAGGACUGCUGUGAUCUCCUCAGUGCUGGGUUUGUCAUCAUUGUUUCUGUUUUCAGAGCCUCCUGGUAAGGUCAUUGACCUGAAAGUGACAGACUCCACAUACACCACCUUAUCUCUUGGCUGGACCAAACCCACUGAGGAGGAAGGGGUCCAAGAUGAGGCUAAAGGAUACUUUGUGGAGCUUAGACCUGCAGAAAACCCAGAAUGGUGUCGCUGUAACUCUAAUGCUAUUAUUAUGUCCUCCUACACCAUCAUGGGACUGAAGUCUAUGGCCAUGUACUGGGUCAGAGUUUUAGCCACCAAUGAGGGAGGAGAUGGUGAACCUCAAGAGCUGGACAACUACAUCAUUGCAAUGCCUCCUCCGGGUGAGUCCAUGUGUGAAAAUUCCUGUAAUCAUGUAAUUUUAGUGCAUCACGUUUAUUCAACGAGUCUGUGUUUACAAUUCUGUCAUAGUGAGACCUCAAUUCACGGACAAAAAAAUCAAGAACUUCAUGGUGAUGAGGGCUGGAAACUCUGUGCGAAUCAACUUUAACUUCCAGGUUCAGUAUCAUAAAAUCAAACACCUUAAAUCUUUUUAUUCAGAAUCCUUUCAGAGUGGCAGACCUGCUCUUUAGAAAAAUACUAACCUGCCCCUGAGACCGGCUGUUCUCUGUUUCUGACAGGCUUCUCCUGUACCGGCUAUUAAAUGGCUCAAGGACGGCUUUCCAGUGGCCAAGCAUGUGACAGUGAGCAACUCCGACACAUCAUCCCAGCUUAUCAUCGCUGCAUCGGAGCGUCACGAUACUGGGAUCUACACCAUCAUUGUGAAGAACAUUGUUGGUCAGGAGACCUCGAGUGUUGAGAUAAGAGUCACAGGUAAAGUGAAGAACAGACAUGUCUCAAAUAACAGAUUAAAAGUUUGUACUCCUCAUAAUUUCAGUAAUGCUAACAUUUGUUUUCAGAUGACCCAAAGCCUCCAGGCCCUGUGGAGCUGGAUGAGAAUGUGUCAGGGACAGUGACGGUCUCCUGGACCCCGUCUCCAGAUGAGAAGAAAGACGACAGGCUGCACUACAUGAUCACCAAGCAUGACUCUGUUAAACGUUCUUGGCAAACUGUGGCCGAUCACCUCUUCAAUAAUAAGUUCACCAUGAUCAAUAUCAUGCCGGGGAGGCAAUAUAAGUUCCGUGUUUAUGCCAAGAACGACAUGGGGGUUUCCAAACCCUCUGACUCAGCACCAUGGGAGGUUAAGAGGGUAAAAGGUAGGUCCCACAAGUCCGACGUGUAAAUUAUAAAGUCAACCGAGAUGGCGACAUCUACCAAAUGCCAAAUUUCUUCGAGCAUUGAUAAAGUAAAGUGUAUGUGAUAGGGUGACCAUAUUCUGAAUCUCGAAAAAGAGGACACGACUACGCGGGGUGGAGUCACAUAGUAGCACGUCGGGUGUUUUUUACGCUCUUCUAACUCAGUUAAUCCACAAAACACAAACUCAAACCUUCCGUACAAAACCCCAAAAGGAUUUUAUUAACUCUGGGAGAAGGCCGGACAGCCCCCCAAAAAAGAGGACAUGUCCAGGUAAAAAAAAGGGUGUAUGGUCACCCUAGCAUGUGAUGGUUAAGAAGUCCAGUCAGUGUCCCACAACUUCAAUAAAGUUCAAAUUUUUUUAUUUUUUAUGGAAAGGUAACAAAUUGAUUAGUGUUACCAUGGUUACUGGAUGGGGUGGAGUCACAUCUCUGAAGUAGGACAGCGUCUUAAAGGGACAUGAGACUAUAGCCUACCUACACACAUCCAAAACUAACUUUGAUUUAUUUACUUGACACUGAAUAAACCCACAUGGGCAAAAUGACUUUGGUUAUUGUUGUAAAUUUCGUUAUCAGUAAAUUGUCCGUUUAUCGCCCAGCCCUAGGUAUCAGUCAAUGUUUUCUCUCCUUUUAAUCAUUAUCCCUGUUUCCUCUGUCUUUUCAGAGGCCUUUACUUUAAACCUUCCUGCCUCCAAGGACUGCAGCUUCGAGAUGCCUCCUUCAUUCUCUGUUCCCCUAAAAACCCACAACAGUCCAGAGAGCUACGAGUGCUACAUGAGCUGUGCGGUGACAGGGAACCCCAAACCUCAUGUCACCUGGUAUAGAAAUAACAUCAGCCUAAACACCAACACCAACUACUACAUCACCAACACAUGUGGAGUCUGCUCCAUGGUGAUUCUGAAAGUCGGGCCCAAGGACAGCGGGGAAUACACGGUCAUCGCUGAAAACUCUCUGGGCAGAGUGGAGUGUUCGACUAAACUUAUUGUCCAAGGUAAAAAAAAAAAAAGAUCAAAUAAAAAGAAUGAAAAAAUAUUUGACAAGUUAAACUCACUAACUUUCAAUGAUUCUGUUUUCGUUCCCUUUCUCCAGAGUGA